AUGUGGAUAGGAUUUUUAGUGGGAAUAAUCAAGGCAUUGUUGAUGCUAGUAUUUAUUUGUGUGUGUGGAGCAGUAUAUUUCAGAGGAUGGAGAUUUUUCACUCAAGACGUGCAUUUUAUCAAACAGGCAGUCAUAGAUUUGCACCACAAUCACCAUGGAUCACGGGAACAAUAUAAGAACGGAUUCACUAUGAUAAAUGGCUUACUUGGGAUGAUUAAUGGGGGAAGUGAAAAAAAAGGAAAUUUUGGUCUGUCUAACGUGCUUGAGGAUUACGGCAUUGAGAUUGACAAAUCAUACUUUGAUUAUGUAGAAGAUCAUUUCCACAAAGGAGACGACUUUGAUUUUGAAAAAAUCGGUCAAUUCGUCAGUGAUAAUCUCGGCGACUUACUUGAAGGUGUUGACAUGCAAGAAAUGAGCAAUAAUAUCUUAGGCAGCUUCAUGAAUAGGAACUAA